AUGAAUGUCUCACCGUCACCAGAUCUUUACGGCAGGCUCUACGAUCUCACAUUGGACGUCAUCAAGCAGCACGGACUAGACUUCGGCGCCAAAUGUGCUGCGGUCAACACGACUGAUCCAGCCAUUCCCCCUUACUACUACCUCAAGAACUGCAUUCUCGUAGCCCGCGCCCAAGCAGACUGGGACCUCAACGACCUCUACCGGCUCAACGCAGAACAAAAGUACGACAGCAGUUUCCACGACGCGAUAUUGAGGCCUGACGACGGCUCAUUAAAAGUCUUACGUGAAUUGCGCGGCGAGCUCGACGACCUCUAUACGUCCCGAGAGGCUUCAGUGUCGGCUUCUGAAUCAGUUGCUCCGCCGCUUCUUCUAGGCUGGAUACCCUAUCUGGAUAUUAGCUCUGGUAGGUGCUACUAUUAUAAUCUUCUCACACUGGCUACGCAGUGGGAGUUUCCGUAUAGCCUGGAGAUGGUCCGUGGGACAGACAGGGAGCUUGGAGAAGAGGUCAUGGUGAGUAGGAUUGGUGAUAAGGUUGAGGUCGAGGAUGAGAUGGAUAACGAAGACGAGGAUGAGGAUGGAGACGUAGAUGAAGAUUACGACGAAGGGGAUGACGACUACGGCGAAGACGACGAUACCGAGGCUCUUACUCACCCUGUCCAACCUACAUGCGAUCGCGAGACCUUCAUCCAGGAUCAGUCCUCGAGCCUGGCCGUUGAUCUGGAUCUACUCACAGGGGUUCAACAAGUCAAUUGGUACGGACGAGUCAGCUUCGGUUUGUGA